UGAAGUUCUCGUGUUAAAACAUCUAAAGGAGGGGGAAAAUCCCAGAAUAACACGCAACGAUAACUUUUAUGCAGCGCUUAAAUUUGGAAAAACACUUAAUGCCCCUAAUAAGGAGCAACAAAAUAAACUCUCUUCUGUAUCCUCCCCCGCAAACACUAGUGGAGCUGGCCUCUCUACAAUUAGGUCGACGGGAGCUGACUGGGGUCAAAUUCAAGUCAUGCAGUUUGUAAGAAACGCAAGGUCUUUUAUUCUGCAGUCAUGGACUCAGCCCCUGACGACCAGGGUUGUGGCCGGAGUCCCAACCCGGACCAUCCACACGGGCGCCCAGGAGAUGCAAGAAGUGGCGGCCAAACCGGAAAUUGAGAAGGAACCUCCGAGUCACAGAAAAUUCAGCAUUUUCCCUCCAGUUCCAGGAGAAGAGAGCUCUCUGCGAUGGGCAGGGAAGAAAUUUGAAGAGGUCCCAAUUGCACAUGUUAAAGCAACCUACAACAACACACAUAUCCAGGUAGUCUCCUCCACCAGCGUGUCCCUUGCCCGAACUUCCUGCGGCACAGAAGGGUUUCGGAAUGCCAAGAAGGGCACGGGCAUCGCAGCGCAGACAGCAGGCAUAGCCGCAGCGGCGAAAGCAACAGUGAAAGGCGUUACCCAUGUCCGAGUUGUAGUGAAAGGCCUAGGCCCCGGGCGCUGGUCUGCCAUCAAGGGCCUGACCAUGGGCGGCCUGGAAGUGAUCUCAGUCACAGACAACACCCCUCAUCCACACAACGGCUGCCGCCCCAGGAAGGCCCGGAAGCUGUGAUAGGAAGGAAACCUGCCCUGGGACCUGACCCCAGCACUCACCUCCUACCCUCAGAGAGCUCACUGGCAGAGCAACCCCCACAAAAGCGCUCAGUGGAGAGCUGUGUGCACCCACCCCAAAGGUGCUCCUCACUGCAGCUUUGCCCGUGCCUCCCAGCAGAGCUGGAUGAGCCACAAGCCACACCAUGCCUCUAGAUACAGUGGGAGCUAUGGGGACAGAAGGGGCCUGGGUUCCAGCCUCUGCUCUGUGGAAAUAAAGAACUCUAUGACUGUCUGUAUAAUCAUGGUUGUUUCUCUCAGAAGCAGCCAUCCCCAGUGGCUCCUGAAAGUUAGUGUACGUUGUGUGCCACCUUGACGGAAGGGUUGCACUGGAAGCAUGAGCUACAGGGGCCAGGACCCUUUCUUCGGCUUCACAAACUCAUUUUGUCACCUCUCAGCCAAGAUCUCUAGGGCUCACCACAGCAACUUUUCACAAUAACACAAGAUGUAAUUUGGCCCCAACAGGAGAGCUUUCGACUUUCCUUCCCUGGACUCUUGAGAGAAAAUUCCACAUUUGGCAGCCACACUUGAGGUUAGCUGCAGCCAUGUGGGAAGGUUGUCCAUAGGCCAGGUCUUUCUGGAAUGCCAGACUUACCACACUAAAGUGGCCAUCAGCUUUUCCACUCCAUGAGCCUCUCCUUCCUGUACCCAGGAGGGAGUAUCUCUGAGGUGGGUGGUGAGGUUGAGUUGGAGAAACAGACGUUCCCAGGAAGGAAGGUGGCUGACUGGAGGCCUGGCAGCUGUGUAUCAAAAAUGCAGGGAUAAGCACCUGUGAGCAGGUGGAGCCAGGGGUUCCAUCCCCAGGCCUGCAGCGCCAGCCCUGCCCCAGGGGCGCACUGAGAGCA